GCUUCGGAGGGCGGUGCGGGCGGAGCUCCGCCGUUUCUCUUCCGUUAGCGCUGCGCUCGCCGGCGGGGCAAGUCCGAAAGCGAUGAAGCGACCGCCGCCCGCUUGGCGGCUCUUCCCGGCCGCCCCGCUGGCCUUCCUAACGCUGCUCCUGCUUUGCUCCCAGCCGCCUGCCGUGGCUCCGGGACCGCCCCGGGGCAGGGCUGGCCCCCCCGGACCCCCCAUCGUGCUGGUGCCAGGAGAUUUGGGAAACCAGCUAGAAGCCAAGUUGGACAAACCAUCCGUGGUGCACUAUCUCUGCUCUAAGAAGACAGACAGUUAUUUUACAUUGUGGCUGAAUUUAGAAUUGUUGCUUCCAGUUAUCAUUGACUGCUGGAUAGAUAAUAUCAGGCUAGUGUACAAUCGAACUAGUGGCGCUACUGGUCCCCCCGAUGGGGUCGAUAUCAAAGUCCCUGGAUUUGGGAAGACCUUUGCAUUGGAGUUCCUUGAUCCUAGUAAAAGAAGUGUUGGCACAUACUUCUACACACUGGUGCAGAAACUGGUAGACCUGGGCUAUCAGCGAGAUGAAAGCAUCAGAGGUGCCCCUUACGAUUGGCGGAAGGCACCAAACGAGAAUGGAGACUAUUUUGAAGCUCUCCAGAAGCUGAUCGAGAUCAUGUACGAAGAGUAUGGCGAACCGGUGGUCCUAAUUGCCCACAGCAUGGGGAACAUGUAUUCUCUGUACUUCCUCAGCCAUCAGCCCCAGGAAUGGAAAGACAAAUACAUCAGGGAUUUUGUCUCCUUGGGGGCUCCUUGGGGAGGAGUAGCUAAAGCUUUCCGAGUGCUGGCAUCAGGGGACAACAAUCGGAUUCCCGUGAUCAGCUCUUUCAAGAUCAGGGACCAACAGAGAUCCGCCGUUUCCACCAGCUGGUUGCUUCCUUACAAUUACACCUGGUCCCCGGGGAAGAUCUUCGUCAGCACGCCUUCCGCAAACUACACGAUUCGGGAUUUCCAGAAGUUCUACGCGGACAUCGGUUUCGAAGACGGUUGGCUGAUGAGAAAAGCGACGGAAGCUUUGAUUUACAGCAUGGUGCCCCCCGGCGUGCGCACGCACUGCCUGUACGGCACUGGGGUCAAUACUCCAGACUCGUUUGUCUAUGACAGCUUUCCAGAUAAAGAGCCGAAAAUCUUUUACGGGAACGGAGACGGGACAGUAAACUUAGAAAGUGCCUUACAGUGCCAGAAGUGGGUAGGUCAGCAGGAACAAAAAGUGAUGCUUUAUGAGCUUCCAGGAAAUGAACAUAUUGAGAUGCUCUAUAAUAACUUAACCAUAUCCUACGUUAAAAAGGUUCUUUUCAGCUCAUGACACAGGAAGAGUUUCACUUUUUCCUCCCAAGAGGUUUAAAUGCUCUCUCUUUUUUUCUUUUUCCCAACGGGGAAGCACAAAAGAAUGUUUUGGACCUCUAUUUUUAAAGCUGCUGCUGUUUCUUUUCUUUUUUUCCCCCGGCUUAUCGAAUCUUGUUGGAAAUCAGUUACUUGUUUCCUAGAGUAACACUGGUAACAGAUUUGACAAAAUACACAAGGUGCCCCCUCUCCGUGCCCAUCCGUAUGAAGGUGGAGUGCCGCUUCUCUUGAGACGCAGAGAACGUCCCUCUUUCUAUAUUUAUUGAGCUAGGACAUCAAGGACCUUAGGAUGUCCUCGCCGAAAGGUCACCAAUGUUGGGUUGUUGUUGCCAAUACGAACCUGGGAAUUGUGAAGCCCCUGCAAAGGGUGUUUGACGAGACAGGCAGUGGUUUAACCUUAGAUUGGCCUCACCCAACUGUUCUUGAAGACAAUGCAGGAGCUUAACUAAAAUGAGGUGAGCGUAUUCAUUUGAUUCCUACUUGACUAGAUCAGGGGUCUGCAAACUUGGCUCUUUGAAGACUUGUGGACUUCAAC